GGGCUGGCGGGGUACUCAAAUUGUUAUCGAUACUACUAGGUAGUUACUAGUAGUACCUCCAGCUAGUAGCAGCUACCGGAGAUAGUUACCUACAUGUACCAUGGACAUCAUGAAAACAGCAAUGGUAAGCGCGAUGGUUUGGUUUGACUUGAGAUCUUACAUAUAAUUCAGAGUUACUCAUAAUUAGUCAUUCAGCUGUGGAGCACUUCGAACAUAGAUACGUUAGGUACCUGCCAGGCCCUGCCUAAGACACUUGGAUAGUCUUGGAAAGUUAGUCACUUCAACACGUUUUUCAUCCAAUCAGCUUCUCAUUUCAACGCCUUUUUAUGCUAUUUGAGUUGUUGUAACUUGUAACUCGACCCAAAUGACUUGAAAUAAAAUAAAGAAGGUCUCAUUAGUUUGGUGUCAUUAAAGUUACUAUAUAUUUUCAACUUAUUGGCUCACAACAUUCUCUACAGCAGUCCCUUUUAUUUAUUUAUUUAUUUUGAAAGAAGUAACUAACAACAUAUUCCACACAGCUCUUCUGUAAAUCAUAAUCGUCAAGAUGCCUGUCGUAACGCCAGAUAAACUUGCUAGUUUACAGCAACAUGCAGACGAUAUAAGAAAUAUUUGUAUUCUAGCACACGUUGAUCAUGGAAAGACAUCCUUAACAGAUACCCUUCUUGCUACAAAUGGCAUCAUCUCACCAAAGCUUGCCGGCAAGAUCCGGUAUCUCGACUCGAGACCUGAUGAGCAAACCAGGGGCAUUACUAUGGAAUCUUCUGCUAUAUCCCUUUACUUCUCCAUGCUUCGCAGGCCAUCACCAGAGGAAAAGCCAGUACCCAAGGAAUACCUAAUCAACUUAAUAGAUUCACCUGGUCAUAUUGAUUUCAGCAGUGAAGUAUCUACAGCGUCCAGGUUAUGUGAUGGCGCACUCGUACUUGUCGAUGCCGUCGAAGGCGUUUGCAGUCAAACUGUCACAGUUCUCCGGCAGUCCUGGACAGAGAAGUUAAAACCUUUGUUGGUUAUUAACAAGAUAGACCGACUGGUUACCGAGUUGAAAAUGACGCCUGGUGAAGCUUAUCUCCACCUAAGCAAACUCCUGGAACAAGUGAACGCUGUUUUGGGCAGUUUCUUCCAGGGCGAACGUAUGGAGGAGGAUUUGAACUGGCGAGAACGCAUUGACGAGAGAGUCGCUGCUGCUGCUGCUGCAACCAAGGAGACGAAACUAGGUGACAUCGAGAGCGAAGCAGGAGACAUACAAUUCGAAGAACGAGACGAUGAAGAACUAUAUUUUGCCCCGGAGAAGAAUAAUGUCAUAUUCAGUAGCGCUAUCGACGGCUGGGCAUUUACUGUUCGACAAUUUGCGAGUUUAUAUGAAAAGAAACUCGGUAUCAAACGAAGCAUUAUGGAAAAGGUCCUAUGGGGUGAUUUCUACUUAGACCCGAAGACGAAGAAGGUCUUGGGGCGGAAACAUCUAAAGGGCCGUAAUCUAAAACCCAUGUUUGUUCAGCUUGUGCUUGAGCAGGUAUGGGCUGUCUAUCAAGCAACUACAGGAGGUGAUCAUGGAAAAGGAGACUCUAAUCUGUUGGAAAAGAUUACUAAAUCACUAAACAUCACAAUACAGCCACAUGUCGCCAGGUCAAGAGAUCCUAGGUUACUGCUCACGACUGUGUUCGCAUCAUGGCUACCACUUUCUACGGCCUUGCUAGUCUCUGUCAUCGAAUCUUUACCUUCACCGAGAGUGGCACAGGCUGAAAGACUGCCUGAGCUAUUAGAAAACUCUCCUGGUUCAAACCAUAUCGAUGCCUCCGUAAAAGAUGCCAUGAUAAGUUUCAAAACCACAAAGUCUGACCCUGUUGUGGCUUAUGUCAGUAAAAUGGUAUCUAUCCCUGAGAGCGAGCUUCCGGAGAACAAACGACGGGCUGGCAUGCUCAGUGCCGACGAAGCGAGAGAGAUGGCCAGGAAGAAACGAGCAGAAUUUGCCCGAGCUCAGGCGGCAGAGAACAACGGAACGGAAGAUAUCACUGCAGCAUUGGACAGUGCCACAGUAGACGACUUCGUCCCGGAAUAUGAUGAGAAGAAUAUCGACCCAGAGCACCUCAUAGGAUUCGCACGGAUGUACUCGGGCACAUUGUCUGUGGGUGACUCACUUUACGUCUUGCCACCGAAAUUCUCUCCCGCGCAUCCACAUGCAGCCCCUGAGCCCAAAAAGAUAACGGUUACGGCUCUGUAUAUGCUCAUGGGCCGCAACUUGGAAUCCCUAAACUCAGUCCCCGCUGGUGUCGUAUUUGGAAUCGGCGGCCUUGACGGCCAUAUCCUAAAGUCGGGGACCCUAUGCAGCCAGCUUGAGGGCUCCGUCAAUCUAGCGGGUGUUAACAUGGCAGGUAAACCUAUUGUACGAGUAGCACUCGAACCGGUAAAUCCUGCUGACCUAGAUCGGAUGAUAAAUGGCCUGAAAUUACUCGUUCGAAGUGAUCCGUGUGCCGAAUAUGAGCAGUUCGAAAGUGGAGAGCAUGUUCUACUUACUGCAGGAGAGUUACAUCUCGAACGAUGCCUAACAGACCUGAAGGAAAGGUUUGCGAGAUGCGAUAUUCAAGCAGGUGCACCCAUUGUGCCGUACAGAGAGACUAUAGUACGCGCAGAGGAGAUGAGGCCGGCUGCCAAUAAAGAAUUGGGUAGAGGUGUUGUGGUUGGCAUCACCAACUCAAAGCAGGUUAACAUCACAAUCCGGGUUAGGCCAUUACCAGCGAACGUUACCGAAUUUCUACUCAAGAACCCCGGGGCUAUUAAGCGUCUACAUUUAGAGCGUGAGGCACUUGGCAGUGCUGAAAAAGACAGUGCAGCCGAUGAGGAACAACAAAAUAUCGAAGAAGAUGAGGACGUGCUUGAAGGGAAAGGUCUAUCACUAGAUGAGCUGAAGAAGCAACUCCAAGAAGUUUUAGAGAGUGGCAAAGGGCGUGAGGGGUGGGGUGGUGUCAUCGACAAGAUAGCAGCUUUUGGACCUCGGCGAACUGGUCCAAACCUGCUAAUCGACGCCACCAAGAACGGAUACUUUCCCAAGUUGUUUUCCCCCGAGAAGGAAGAGAAUGACACUGGCCCCAAGGCAGACGAAGCACUCCAGGCAGCGCAUUUAUGUGACAAGGUUACGUAUGCCUUCCAACUGGCUAUGAACCAAGGCCCGUUAUGUAACGAACCGGUACAAGGCGUCGCCGUCAUCAUCGAGGAUCUCACAGUAGCGCCCACAGACGAAGAGGCUUCGGCUAGAGACCGGCUCGGUAGGCUUACUGGUGAGAUUAUCAAGACGGUGCAACAAUGUAUCCGCCAAGGCUUUUUAGACUGGUCCCCACGCCUCAUGCUAGCCAUGUACUCGUGUGAGAUCCAGGCAAGCACCGAGGUCCUAGGCCGCGUAUACGAAGUCCUAACCCGACGGCGCGGACGCGUGCUCUCGGAGCAGAUGAAGGAAGGCACGCCCUUCUUCACGAUCCAGUCCACCAUCCCCGUGGCCGAGUCCUUCGGGUUCGCGGACGAGAUGCGCAAGCGCACGUCGGGCGCCGCCCAGCCCCAGCUCAUCUUCGCCGGCUUCGAGGUCCUCGUCGACGAAGACCCCUUCUGGCAGCCCUUCACCGAAGACGACCUCGAGGAUCUGGGCGAGCUCGCCGAUCGCGAGAAUGUCGCUAAGAGGUACAUGGAUGGCGUGAGGAAGCGCAAGGGCUUGCUGAUCGAGGGUAGGGGCCAGAGGGUUGCGGCUGAGAAGCAGAAGACGCUUAAGAGAUAAAGUGGUGGUGGUGGUGGUGGUGGUAGAUAUUGAGUUGCGUGAUGGCAGACCCAUGGAUAUCGAUUUUUCUAUUAGGUAUGAGGUGAAUGUUGACUCUAGUUGUUGAUGAGGGGAAGAAGAGGAGGCCUGCUAAGUACACCUACCUAGGUUAGACGAUGAUUAUCACACUCGUCUUCU